AUGAAUCCGACAGAAGAUGAUAAGCGUAGUUUGGCCAUUCUCUGGAAGAAGGUGACGAGAAAUCAUUGCUUUCUUGAUUCUGUCAUGUACGGCGUAUCUUCCGGAAUGUUUUCGAUGUUGGGAGUGUUUGCGUGGACGGCGAAGCCGACGAAAUCGAUACGUUAUGGAGCAUGGGUUUAUCUUCUGGUGUCGCUGGUGAUGUACUCACGAUGCGAGUAUUACCGAAUAACUACUGAAAGGGUCAUCCGUGAGGUGCGGCAGGUACUGAAUGAAAAACGCAGCCGACUGGUCGAAGAGAAAGAAGCAGAGAACUGA